AUGAGGGCCGUGGCGUUGGCGGCGUCCCCGCGGCAGAGCGCGAGCGCAGAGAUCAGGUCUGGGACGGCGCCGACGACGGCCGCGGCGAAGAGAUCCGGGGCCGACGAGGUGUUCCUGGGCAGGGCGCCGCGCGCCGAGGAGGGCGGUGGGCGGGGUUGGCCUACCCCUCCCGCAACACCCAACCCUAACCCCCUCCUCUCCUCCCCGCGGCUGCCCGCUCCUCCCGCCGCCGCCUCCCUCCCUCCCUCCCUUGCUCCUCGGCUCCCCGCCGCCGCCACCUCCCCUCUCCUCUCCGGCUCCCCGCCGCCGCCCUUUCUCUCCAUCUCUGCUCUCUGCCUGCCCCGCAAUCCCGCGCUCACCCACCGCCCCCGCUCCCCAUGGCAAGGCCAAGCCCCGCCCGCGAGAGAGCGAGAUCCCUCCUCCGCCUCCGCCUCCCCGCCGCCGCCCUACCUUGACUACCACCUGGCGGGCUCCCCCGCAGUGCUCCUCUUCCCAUCCGUCGCCGCCUGUGCCGCUGCCUCGCCACCCACUUCCUCCUUGUGUCGCCUCCACCGGGAGCUGCGACCCCCCGCACUCGGCACCCCCUCCUCCGUCGCGGCACUGGGCCUCCUCUGUUGUGCCGCCGGUGCCCGAGCCGCGGGUCUGCACGCUUGGCACCCCCUCCGCCGCCGCAAGCUGCGGUCCCCCGCACUCGGCACCCCCUCAGUUGCGGUACAGGGCCUCCUCCACUGCGCCGCCAAGGCCCGAGUGCUGCUGGGGCCUGCCGAGCAGACGCACGGAGCCAACGCCGGUCUCGACAUCGCCGUCAGUCUGCUAAAGCCCAUCAAGGAGCAGUUCCCCAUCCUAUCCUAUGCUGAUUUCUACCAGGAGUUCGUGGCCGUUGAGGUCACCGGCGGCCCUGAGGUCCUCUUCCAGGCAGGACUGGUGACUCCCGAGGGUUCGCGUUUGUGAGGUACAAGUACGAGGACGAGGCGCAGAAGGCAGUUGAUAGGCUCGAUGGGAGAGUGGUAGACGGGAGAGAGAUCAUGGUGAUGAUCUCCCAUUUGCUCUUCCUUACUGGAGUUGGAUGGAUUGCCACCAAUUCCAUGGCUUGCUCGUUCUGCUCUUGCGGUGAACAUGGAAAGAAAAUGAAAUCCUGGGCUGGAGUACUUACUAAUCCAUGAUGAACAACCUCCAUCGUCGAUUUUGUUUUUCUUCCUCCCAUUACCUGGCGCUCAAGUUCCAUUUAAAUAUAUAACUAUUGAUUAAUGUGUCGUUUGUUUGGUUCCUCUGCACAUGGUUCUGUCUAACUGUCUGUUCCAUGACUCGUAGGUUUUGGCCUCAGUUAAUUGAUUUUCUUGGUGGUACAAGCUUUGACUGCCCAGUGCAGUUUUCUCUAGGUGGAAGCAGUGUGGACCUUUUGUUGGUGUGAUGACGAAAAUAAUUGCAUGCUGGAAUUUAAAGCAAGUUGGGAAGGACCGAGUGUGUCCUACUGAUGUAUGGACUAGGUGCAGGCAAAAUCAAGGUCAGGGCCAGCAGUCAAAUUAAUAAGUCCUUAAGUGAAACACUAUUUGGAUUUCAAGUCUCAUCCUGCCAUGUAAUGAGCCGAACCCCCUGACCAUAUUCUUGGCUGGUUAUGUCCUUAGGUAAAAUAACUGCAUUUAUUUGUCAAAUGAAAUAAAUUGUGAUUGGAUAGUGUUAUGGAAGUUUAAAGGGACUUUUAAUCAAGCUGAUGCUUGUGUCUUGAGUUAUCCUGUGAUUCAAGGUAUGUCUUUCUCCGUCUAAUACAUGACCUUUUAUUUUCUGGUGCAAGUAUUGUACAUUUAUGUGGUAAGGACAUAAGGUAGAGCAGUAGACAUUGCUUUUUUAGUUCAGUCUGUUUUCCCCCAUGCUACCACAUUAAUUUUUUUUUGAGAAUCUGCUACCACAUUAAUGCAGACCUUUUAUUGAUUGGGCGUCCUGCUACGCUAUGAUUAGUUUUUUUUGGACCGUGCUAAACUUUUUUUAUUUCUAAAAUGGUUAAUCCUGCUGUUUACUUUUGAUUGUGGAAAGAAGUCGAGAAGGCUAUCCAUCAGGUUUAAGAGGCUUGGUAUGGUUGAGAAGAUAUUCUCUCUGUUGGCCUUGAAUGCUGCUUGCAAAAAUACUCUCUAUGUUUGGCUUGAAUACAACCUGCAACAAGACUUAUUUCAUCAUUAUUAAUUGCCUAUCAUUUUUCAGAUAUAAAAAAUGUAUUAGGAGAGAGUGCAGACUGCCCAUAAUGUGAUCUCAUACAUUUUACUGCUGAGCUUGUGACUACACAUUGACUUUUGGACCUAUGCAGGUUUUCUAAUUGUAUCAAUACCUACAUCAAGACACCAAGGUUAGCUUCUGGGAGGCCUAAUUAUCAUUGCUCAUGUGUAUACAAAAUUCUCACUUUCACUUGCAUCGCAGAUUAUGGGUAUGAGCAGUAGACUUAUGUAGUUACCUGCAACUUCAUUAUUCAGAAUGCUGAAGUUUAGCCAGUACAGUAUUAUCAAAAUGAAAUUAGAGAAGUGUCAGUUAAAUUUGAAUAUGCUUCCUAAAGAACAUGGAAUGGAGCAUUUCAAAAUCUAGAACAUGAGACUACUUUUGUUGUGACAUUGGUUUUGUUCUGAACUUUUAUUUUCUUUUCACCUUCAUAUGCAUAUACCUUUUCUUUUUUCCAUUAGAGGUUACAGUAGUGGAUAUCAAUGGCAUUCAUAUAUGAUGAUCAGAUAAGGUUUUUUAUGUGCAGCAUGAGGGUGACUAUGAGGAGAAACAGAAGAGUAAUGCAUGAUUUUUUGCUUGCCGGCUACAGUGAAAACAGUGGCAAGCAAAAUUGCCAGGCUGAAGUGUUAAGUUUCUAGGUCACUUACCCACUUAAGACUUACCUUCUUCUCCACUCAACUAAUCAGUUGAUGAGCUAUAAACUUGAUUAGGAUUGAUAGGAGUGCAACAUAGGAUGUUAGUGUUCCAUUUUGAGUGCAUUUUCACUGACAGGUUUUUCAGGUGUUAGAUUAUGCAAUUUAAGAAUAGGCUGCAUAUGGCUUGCGGCGUAAUGUACUGCAUAAUGUAGUUAGGAUAGCUUAAACAUGAUUUUACAACAGUGGUUGAGUGGGGUUCUGCAGAGGUGGAUAUGCUUAUCUGAAUAUUAAACAUUGUCUGAACUUUUGUUUUGAAGACAAGGAUUAUUGAAGUAUAAACUUUUAUCGAAUAGGUCCUAAACUAAGCUGGUGGACAAAUGAAAGUAUUAAAACUUCCCAUAUCCAUUCUCUUGCCAGAUGCAUUACCCUGGCAGAUAUGCUCUUAUUAUUACAAAUGUUUUCCAUAAGUUAUUUUUUCCUCUACGACCAAGCCACAAGAGCAAGAGGUUGGCCUCCCAUGCACAAGCUCUUUUUCUUGUCAGCAUCAGAUAGGUUAUUGUCAGAACCCAAGUCUGAAUAAAAAAAUUGUUUAGUUGUCCUUAUUUCGGUACUAAAUAGUCAUGCUUCUGAUGAUUUUCUUUUAUAAUGCAAGGAAGGAUGCUUGGUCACAAGAAUGGAUAAUUGGAGCUGAGAUUCAUGCCGACUCAAUAACUUUUUAUGGAUUAUUCAGCUACACCAUACUGUUGCAUUACUGUUGUGGUUUAUGUAUUGUUCAAGGCAUAGUUUUUUUCUGAGACGAGUUGAAGCAUUGUUAAGAUAACCUAUAAUUGCUUGUGCAUGACCUUAUGCUGCUUAUAGUAAAAUUAUUGACCUUGUAUUAGUAAGUGAUUUACGGUAUCAGUUACAUAAUGCCCUUUCAUGUGUUAAAAUACAAAUCCAUUCCUAUUGUUAGGCUUUCA